AUGACAGAUGUGUGGUUUCAAAAAUUAAGAAUGUUGACCUGUGACCAUCCAGUUCCGCCGGAUCAGUACAACGAUCGAGUGAAGGAGCAUUUACGAGUUACUGGAUUCUAUCAUGCAUCUCAAAUUGGUGUCAUGCAAAAUCAGAAAGCACUCGUAAAUGCUCUAAUCGAACGCUGGCACCCUGAUACACAUACAUUUCACCUUCCAAUUGGUGAAUGUGCCAUAAGUCUUGAAGAUGUUGCUCUAAUUCUUGGUCUUCCGACGGAUGGUCUUCCAGUUACUGGGAUGACAAUGAGUAGUUUCUCAGCGUUGGAUGCGGAAUGUUUGCAUCAGUUUGGAGUUGCACCGCGUAAGUCGGAGUGUAGAGGAUGCUACAUAAAACUGACUUGGCUGCGGGAUCUAAAAGAAAACAUUCAGUUGACUGAUGAAGUAAGUAUACAGAGGUGUGCACUGGAAGUUUCUACCCUUGCUCGUGAUUUUGCCAGUAUUGGACAGUAUAGUUGGGGAUCGGCAUGCCUAGCACACCUCUACAAGGCGUUAUGCAGGGCAUCUCGUUAUAACUGUAAGGAAAUGGAUGGUCCAAUAACACUUCUGCUCGGUUGGGCUUGGAUCCGACUGCCAUAUCUAUCACCGCUUCCUAGGGAACCCCAGAGUUUUUCACUAGCCAAUAGGUGGUAUAACUGGGAGCGUGGUGACCGACGAUAUAGAUAUCUUAAUCUAGCUCACUUUAGGAAGGUCUUUGAUGAACUCCAAGAAGGCCAGUUUGUGUGGGUUGCAUAUGCUGUGGAUCGCGUGGAUCCGAACAUCAUUCCUACUGAAAUCUAUAUGCAGUCGGUUGUGUGGACCGCUACGAUAGGUAUAGGCGACAGUUCAGUUUCAUACAGGAAUUACCUCCUCAAGAGCGGAGUCUGGACAAGGCCCAUGGAGAAGUCCUGA